AUGCAGGUGCUGCUGGGAGCGGGCAUGCUCACGGCACUCAUUCUUCCCCGCCCCAUCGCCCUCGCCCUCACGGCUGCCGCCCUCCUGCCACCCAUUCUGCGCACUGCGCUGCACAGCUGGCGCUGGAGUCAUGCCAGGACGGGCGGUUCUGGGGGAGGUGCAUCUGUGGGGAAGGGGGAGGGGGGGAAGAAGGGGGAAGGGAAGGCGGAGGGGAAGGGAGAGGGCAAGAGGGAGGGGAACAAGGGGGAGGUUGGAGCUGAAAGUGAGGGGCUUCUGGGGGAGGUGUUAUUUGAGGCAGAUAAGACAAUGGCGAGUGGGAAGGAGAACGGAGACAGUGGGCGGCACGAGGCGGCAGGUUCUGGAAACGUGCUGUCUGUCAACGGGAUGGAUAUCUUCCAGGGCCGGAUGGCUGGCAAGAUGGACGGCGACUUUUGUCUGUUUCUGAUCGGAGCGAGGGCCAACAACCCUUUCCCCCUGGGUCCCGCGUUCGCUUCUAUUGGGGAGGUCUUCAAUCAAGCUGUGAGGGAGCUGGAGCAGGAGAGUGAGAGGUUUGGGUUCCUGGGUGGAGACCAUUAUGUGGGCACGGACGUGACACGGGGCUCGCAGACAAUCGCUGUCAUGUACUGGCGCUCCUACGACCACCUUGUUAAUUAUGCCAACGACCAGAACCUCGUGCAUGGCUCGGCAUGGAAGCGAAUGACUCAGCUUCUGAGGGAAGGUCCUGACAUCGGCGUGUGGCAUGAAUCAUAUGCAAUCAGCGCAGGGCAUAUUUCGUCCCCAGAUCCCCCCCUUCUUCCGUCUCCUUUCUCGGCUUGCCUCCAUCCGUAA